AUGGACUCGCGAACUAGCUUCAUGCCAUCGUCUCGCCAGAGCCGAAUGGCCAUUGAUUCGUUGUUGAACCCACCAACGGACACCGACUCCUCAGAAUCCCGAUCCCACCAUUCCUUCUCGAGCCAGCAAUACUCGCCGCACUAUCCCCCAAGUCCCAACCGCUACUACUACUCUUCUCAGUAUGGGGAGAGCCACAUCUAUCCCGAGACCCCCGGGUCUUCUCAGGACCAGAUGUUCAUGUCCUAUCGACCCAGAUCGACAGAUUCGUCACCAGGCCCUUACUCCCGGGACCGGUAUGACUCUGUCUCCAGCAGCUCUAGCACCGCUGCUGAGCGGCGCCGGCCGCCUCGGCCCAAGUACGAAGAAGAGGAGAUGUACUUCAUCUGGUACCACCGCGUGGACCUCUGCCAAGAAUGGAAAGAGGUGCGCGAGAGCUUCAACCGCCAGUUCCCCAAUCGCCAACGGCGGGGAUUCCAGGGGAUCCAGUGCAAGUUCUACCGAUUCAUCAAGGAGAAGAACUGUCCUACGCUGCGGGAGCAGCGACGGAUGCGGGACGGCGAGUUCCUCCGCGAGGGUUCAACGAUCGUAGAUCCAUCGGCUCCACGUUAUGGAGUGGUGGACUACGCCAAAGUGUGGUACCCGUGGAUGCGAGAGCCCAAAGACCAAGUCUUGAGUCGACGCAUAUCCGCAUAA